GGAGGAGGAAAGAAGAAGAGGAAGCUGCUAAGAAGCUCCCGGUGCCGUUUUGGGGAUAUGGUGCCAGAUCUGGUCUCUUCUGAGCUCCUUGCAGCCUUUGGGUGAUUAGGACAUUGAAUUUGGUGGACAGCUACCAUUCGUUCCCUUGGAUCGUACCUGCCCUUGCUUUCCUAAUCCCCUCCUGCGUUCCCCUUCCCUCUGAUAAAACUCCAGGGUGUUGCAGUGUUGCUAUGGAGUCCAGAGAGGCUCUGGGCAGUUCUUGGCAAAGGGGGGGUAAGGCAGACUUUCUUCGAGCUGCUGUCACCUCUGUGAAGCCUCUGUCUGCCUCCUGCUGUGUGAAGGAGACAAUGCUGCCUGUGGCAGGCUCGGGGAAAGGGAUCCUGGUGAGUGGCAAGAGGCUGGAGCCUGAGGAAAAGGACGAGCUGGGUUCUGGGAGAGAUGUGGAUUCCACUUCCAAUGCAGACAGCGAGAAAUGGGUGGUGGGAGAUGGACUGGAGGAGCAGGAAUUUUCCAUCAAGGAGGCUAACUUUACAGAGGGGAGUUUAAAACUAAAGAUCCAGACCACCAAGAGAGAUAAGAAGCCCCCAAAGAACUUGGAGAACUAUAUUUGUCCUCCUGAGAGCAAAACCACCAUCAAGCAAUCUGGGGAGCAGAAGCUUUCUCGAGCUAGUAAAAAUAGCAAGGCAGAUAAAGAGGAGAACAGAUCACACUCCAGAAAGAAGGGAAAAGUCAUAGAAGAUGCAAAACUGCUUAUGAGUUGUGGUUGCAGAAAAGAGAAAAAUGCUCAUAUGAAAGACUCAGAUCAGAAUGAUGAAAAGAAUAUAGCCAAGGAAUGUGGUUUUCCAAUACAGUCCCCAGCAACUUUAACUUUCUUAAAGGUUUAUGACAGACCACAAAAACAUUCUGCUUUGCACUAUGAUCCAGGUCUCCAACAAGACUUCGCCAGUGACACCUUAAAAUCAAAGCACCAGCAAAAAAGUAGCAACCAGCACCAUCUUGACUGGUCAGCAAGCUCUGAUACUGGAUCCACUUCUCAAAGUUGCUUUGUUAACACAGAACCCAGUAGAGAAGCAGUCAGUGCCACCAAGGUCUCCACUUUGGAGCCAGGAGUUUCCUUCAGCAAAUCCCAGGCAAAAAAGUUGUGCUCCAGUAGCACAUGGGGGCAGCUGUCAGCCAGUAGUAAAGAGAUUGCCAUUUGCAGUGCAGUCCCAUCACCCAACAGCAUCAGCAGGGCUGCCCAGUUGAGCAAUGCCUCCGAGUGCAAUGGGCUUUUGCUUCCUGGAGAUCAAGAGGGAGGUGUGCAGCUGGAAGCCCCCAAUCAGCCCACCAGGAGUACAAAGAAGUCCUGCAAAAACAACUUGCUAAGUCAAGCCAUCCAAACCACAGACAUCAAAUGUGUAAAGAGUGCUCAGAAAGCAUUUGACAGCAUGGAAGGAAAAAAGGAGUCUUAUUCAAUGGACAGUGUGUUGGAUACAUUACCCUCAAAUCAGAAUCCCAUUUCUGCUAGCAGUUGUGAAAGUGACACCAGUUGCAUACGAAUUACUAUCCCAAUAAAGUCUCCAACAACAGAUACAUCUGGCCACAAAAGGAAAAAAAGGCACUCCACAAAAUCUUUCAUAGAGAAAACUAUCCAGGAGAAAAGUCUGCCUUCUGGACUUGCUAUGAGCAGUGAAGUGGCAAACAGGACUAGCUCUCAGCCAGAGGGGAGUAAAAAAGAUCUUCGAGCCACAAAGACAGGAAAAGUGAUUGAAGAAGAGUCCCCCUUAGUAGCUGUUGAUAAUGUGUUCACUGACAAAGCCUCCCCCAACCAUGCCACCAGACUCAGAAAAUCAAUAUCUGUGACAUCCACUCUCAUACCCACUGAUCUUUCCACAGCCAGCAAAUUAGCUGAAGUCCAACACCCCAAACAUGCAGCUAAGUGGCAAUGGACCUGUAGCCAACCUAAAUCUAUCCUUCAGGAGACCUCCAUGACAACAUCUGAGAAGCUGAUGGUGGAGCCUCCUUCAGCCUAUCCCAUCACACCAUCCAGCCCUCUUUAUACCAAUACAGACAGUCUUACUGUGAUCACACCUGUCAAGAAAAAAAGAGGACGACCAAAGAAACAGCCUUUGCUCACUGUUGAAACCAUUCAUGAGGGAACCUCUACCAGCCCAGUGAGUCCAAUCAAUCACGAAUUUCCAGGAACAAAGAAAAGGAAGAGGAGAAGGAAUCUGCCCAAGUUGGCCCAGAUAGUUCCAGGAGAGGACAAGUCCAUCAGUGAACUCAAGUUUCACAAAAGUGUCACAAAGCUUGGGGUCUUAGAUAAGAAGACCAUUAAGACCAUUAAUAAAAUGAAAACCCUCCAGAGGAAAAACAUUCUCAAUCAGAUCUUGUCCUCCUGCUCCAGCAGCAUAUCUCUGAAAGCAAAAGUCCAGACCCUGUUUAGUGCUGGGCCAACCACCAUUGAUGCUAGACUAAGGAAGCAGAUCAAUGUCAGCAAGAGAGGGACUAUCUACAUUGGUAAAAAAAGGGGCAGAAAGCCAAGGGCAGAGCUGCAGCCUCAUCCAGAGAAACCUAGGACAGCCAUCAAGCACUCAAGGCCUGUUUCCAGCCAGCCAGAAACCCCAGCAGUGCCUUCCAACCUGCAGUCACUUGUGGCAUCAUCACCAGCAGCUAUUCAUCCACUUUCAACACAGUUAGUGGGGAUUAACGACAACCUCAGCCCUGCAAGCACUGAAACUAAUUUUUCAGAGUUAAAAACUAUGCCAAAUCUUCAACUUAUCAGUGCUCUUCCUACAAAAAUCCAGAAAGGAAUGCACAGUAAAACUUGGAAGCUGUCUCCACCCCAGCCAAUGGCUAAUUCACCUUCUCACCUCUGUGAAAUAGGUUCUCUGAAAGAAGUCACGCUGUCACCGGUGAGCGAGUCUCAUAGUGAGGAAACCAUACCAAGUGACAGUGGGAUAGGUACAGACAACAACAGUACCUCUGACCAAGGAGAGAAAAGCUCAGAAUCCUGCCAGAGAUACUCCUUUGAUUUCUGCACCCUGGACAAUCCAGAGGCUAUCCCAUCUGACACCAGCAUAAAGAACAAGCAUGAUCACUGGCAGAAACAUCUCAUUGUGGAUAGCUUUCUCUUUGAUGAUGGUAUUAAAAAGCCAAAGCACAAGAGGAAAAGGAAAAGCCUGCAGAACAGAGAUGACCUCCAGUUUCUGGCAGACCUUGAAGAACUCAUCAAUAAGUUUCAAGUGUUCAGGAUUUCCCAUAAAAGUUAUACAUUUUAUCAUGAAAAUCCACAUCCCAGCAUCUUUAGGAUUAAUUUUGAUCACUACUACCCUGUGCCAUAUAUCCAAUAUGACCCAUUGUUCUAUCUUCGCAGGACCUCUGAUAUAAAGUCUAAGAAGAAGAGUGGUAGACCUACCAAAACCAAUGACACCAUGACAAAGGUGCCUUUUUUACAAGGGUUUGGUUACCCUAUUCCCAGUGGGAGUUACUAUGCACCCUAUGGAAUGCCUUACACAUCAAUGCCUAUGAUGAAUCUUGGUUACUAUGGUCAGUAUCCAGCUCCUUUGUACCUGUCUCACACACUUGGAGUGGCUUCCCCAUUUAUGAGACCUACUGUGUCCCCACCCCAAUUCCAUGCAAGCUCUCAUAUGAAGAUGUCCACCACUGCCAAACAUAAAGCAAAACAUGGAGUGCACGUACAGGCCCCUAUGGGAAUGGGCCUUGGAGACAUGCAGUCCUCUUUGGCUCCCCCAAAGGUUGGAGGAACAAGCCUUUCAAGUGGCCAACUUCACAAAAGAAAACACAAACAUAAGCACAAGGACAAGGAUGAGCAAAUAUUGGGGACACAUGAAGAGCUGAGUGGUCUCUUUGCUAGCAAGUCCACUGGCUUCUCCAGCCAUGCAGUUAAUGAAAGGCUAAGCAACUCAGAUAAAGACUUCUCCUUGCUCAACGAGAAAAGAAAACACAAAGAGAAGCAGAAGCACCAGCAUUGUGAAACCAGACACAAAAGCUCAAAGACUAACUUUGAAGCAGAUUCAUUGUCUAUAUUAUCACUUUCUGAUGCCCAGCAGUGGACACAGAGUAAAGACAAUAGUGACUUAAGCAAUGAUCCUGUUGACUCUUGCACAAGGAGAUACUCUCGUAAUACUGAGAGUAAUGGAAGGUCAGAGUCCCUGGACAUGUUUGGUGAAAUGAAUUCUUCAAGUGAGAAGCAGAACAAUGAUGCAAGUGGGAAUAAAAGAAGAAGCUUUGAAGGGUUUGGAACUUACAGGGGAAAGGACAUACAGCCCUUCAGGACAAAUAGGAAGAACAGAAGUACUUAUCAUUCUUCAGCUUCUUCAGCCAUCUCACCACUGAAAAAAAGGUUCAAGUGCCAUGAAAUUGAAGCCAUCCAGUGCGAGGUGCGCAAGAUGUACAACUACAUCAAGAUCCUGUCCACAAAGAAGAACCUGGAUCAUGUGAACAAGAUCCUGAAAGCCAAGCAGCUGCAGAGACAAUCAAAGACAGGCAAUAACUUCAUCAAGAAGCAGAGGGGGCAUCCCCGGAAGCAACCUCUUUCCUUUCAUGAAGACUCCAAAGACCAAAUGCCUGUUCUGGAAAAAUGCAUUGACCUUCCCAGCAAAAGAGGUCAGAGACCAGCACCCAACCCUUUAAUAUUAGAGCAAGCAACAACUCAAGAUACAAUCAUGGCCACUAUUGAGGCUGUCAUACACAUGGCUCAAGAGAUGCCACCACCACUACCUCUUCUCCCUCCUCCCCCUCCUUCACCCCCUUUCCCUCCACUCUGGAAGCCCCAGGUUGGGAAAAGAAAAAAUAAGUCCCUGCAGAAGGAAAAGGAAGACGUGAAAGUGAAGCAGCAUCAAAAAAGCAGAGGGAGCAAAAGCCUUUCCUAAGGCUGGUACACCUUGUUGGAUGUUGGCUGCUGGUAGUAGGGUACUCCAGGACUGAGGAACUGGAGACACACAGUCUACUUCACCCCUGUGGCAGCACCAGACUUGCUCAUGCCUUUAGCAGCCAGAACUCCUAGCAGAAAGCUGUGCCAGCUAGGGUUUGCAUUUGGCCUCAGCCUCCCCUAGGAAAGAGCAAAGAAGGGUGUGGGAAAGAGGGGUAAGGAGGGCUCUACGUGUGUGUGCCAAAUUUGGGGAGACCAUCUACUUUGCAGUUUCCAAAACUAAUCAGUCUCAGGGCUGCUGUUCUCAUACCGUACCUGGAAGGCAGGAAAUCAUCUUUGGAAAGAGCUGAAUGUUGUUACUAGGGCUGCAUGCUCGACUGUUUCUGUUUGGUGAGCUAAGUGAAACUAAGACUAACUUUACCAUAGUAGAAAUCACUGUAAAAAAAGGAAAAAGAAGAAACAAAAAACCCAACAAAAAAGUAGUGCAAUUUUCUCAACUGUGAUGUUGGUUGUAAUCAGUUUGAUUUUUUUUUUUCUAGUUUUAUAUACCUACCAGGCUUUGAGGCAGCAUAACCCAAAAUGUCUGACUUCUGCUACAACUGUAUAUUACUUUCUCAUUUACUUGCCUACUUACAAUUAGCUGCAAUAUAGGCAAUAGAAAAGUAGAACCUUACGUGCAUGCACACUCAUUCCAAGUGCUAGCCCAAGGAAUGACAAAAUGCCACAGCAUUUAACGAUAAAGUAUACAUGGAUAUUCAGUUAUGACAGCACAUUUAUAUGAAGCAACUUGGUGAUGGCAUGUGAAAAAGGGGCCAUCCAUCAAUCAAGUUGUUUUGAUGUUGGUACAUAUGAGAUAAGAACAGCAAGUCAGUUUUGGGGAAUAGAAUUACAGUAAACAUGGGCAAAAUCACAAGAAAAAAUAGUAUAAAAAAGAUAAAAGAAAAAAAUAGGACAGAAAAAGCAGAGUAAAAAUACAAGGUCCAAACCUACCAGUUCUUACCACCUGCAAUUCCCAGUGAAAUUGAUGGGAAACCCAGGAUCUGAAUAAUUUGCAUUGGGUGACAAUGCCUUGAUAUAUUGUUUUAAAGAAAAUAGAUAAAGUAGAUAUUUUAAAUAAAAACAACUAUAGAACAAAAUUCUAUGGAAAUAGGUCCUUUCUUGGCAAUUAUUUCUUAAAAAUUAAAAGGAAUAAGUGUUCUUAUCUGAAAAUAAAACUAUUCAAAGGGUAUCACCACUGCAAUUGUAUUAAUGCCACUUUGGACAUGUUCUCCAAAUUGCGGUUGCCUUAAUAAUCUAAAAAAAAUAUUUUUUUUGUAUAUAAUGUAAUUAUAAACCUCUCAGUCUGCAUGGAUGCAAACUGUGUGUGACAAAUUGUCUCUUUAAAUGGUCAGUUCAAAUUGUAUAUUUCUCAUUCAAGUUGUCUGUUAGCUGUUGGGUAACUAUUGGGUAAAAUACUCAAGCUCCAUUUCCACAGCCCAAUUAAAAUGAUUAACUACAAAGACUGAACAGGACAGUGUUCCAUAGCAGUAACAAUGCUUUUAAAAAAAGAAGUCAGUUGUUGAAAUUUGAGAUAGGUACUUUCAAUUUAAUUUCAUUUCUUUUUAAAGUCCUGUAGUACACUCAGUACCUGGCAUAGCAAAAUGAAUAUUAAAAUGAGAGUGAGGAGGGAAAAUUCCAGCAAAAGAGUAUGAACAAGAAUUAUUUAAUGAUUCAUGAACCAAAUGCUAUUCCCUUUUUUGUGAAAUCUUUGAAUUGGCUUAUUGCCAAGGAAAUUUCAAAUAAUGACCAAAAAAACCCAAAACAACAAACCCAACAACAAAUUCCCCACAAAGAAAAUAUUGUGUUUCUAUUCUGUUAUUUAUUUACAAAAAUAAUUUUAAGACUAUGCUGUUAAAGGGACACUGUAAACAUACAGCUUGUUAUCUUUACAAACAAAUUUUUCUUAGCACCUUAGCUUAUUAAAACUAAAUUCAUUUGAAGUUUGGAUUGGGUUGGGGAGCUGGGUGAGAGGAUUUUUUUUAAAGGCUGGAACAAAUCUUGAGAUCCUGUCUCCUUAAAACGGAUAAGAAGGAUGGUAGAAUUUUGUUUCAAAUUUGUUUUGCUUUGUUCAUCACACUGAUUUGCACUGUUUUCCAAUUAACACAUCUUAGAAAUAAACUGGCCAGAUGC